CUGCGGGCGCUGGGCGCCAGCGGGCUGCUGCUGGAGUAUGAGGACACCUUCCCCUACGCGGGGCCGCUGGGGCAGCUGCGGGCCCCUCACGCCUACAGGUACCGGCCGGGGGUGGGCCCGGAGGGAUCCGCGGAGCCGGGCCGGGCCCUGAGGUGUCGCUCUCCCCCCGCAGCCCCGGGGAGGUGAGGGCGGUGCUGAGCCAGGCCAGGGCGCAGGGGCUGGAGGUGGUGCCGCUGGUGCAGACCUUCGGGCACAUGGAGUUCGUGCUGAAGCACAAAGAGUUCGCUCAUCUCCGGGAGGUGAAGGUGUUUCCCAACGCCCUCAACCCACACAAGGAGGAGUCGCGGGCGCUGGUCAAAGCCAUGGUUGACCAAGUCAUGGCACUGCAUGAAGAUGUAAAAUGGUUUCACAUUGGAUGUGAUGAGGUGUAUUACCUGGGCGAAGGAGAGGAGUCAAAGCAGUGGCUGCAGCAACAAGACAACACUCCUGAGAAGCUCUGCUUAUCCCACAUAAAAGCAGUUGCAAGUUGUGUGGCCUCGUCUUACCCCGGCGUGACGCCCGUCGUGUGGGAUGACAUGCUCAGAGGGAUGAGUGAGGAAACACUGGCAGAGUCUGGGGUCCCGCAGCUGGUGCAGCCGAUGAUCUGGGACUACGCAGCAGACCUCGACGUGGAGGGCAAAGUGUGUCUCAUAGAGAAGUAUCGCAGAUGUGGCUUCUCCAAGGUGUGGGUUGCCAGUGCUUUUAAAGGAGCUACGGGAGUGAAUCAGUCUCUGACGCUUAUCGGGCACCACUUGAAAAACCACCUCCAGUGGCUGAAAGUGGCAAGCAGGAGCCCCCCUGAUGUCCUUGAAGGUAUCGCCCUGACUGGCUGGCAAAGGUACGAUCACUUCUCUGUCUUGUGUGAGCUUCUCCCUGUGGCAAUUCCGUCCCUGGCCGUGUGUCUGCAGGCGCUGGAGAACGGUGGCUAUUCUGAAAAGACUAAAGAAAAGGUGGAAAAGCUCCUGGGAAUGUCCAACCUGGAAACUGAAACUUUCAUGAGCACGAGCCUGGGGACCUUUCCUGGGAGCAACAUCCUCACGCUUGUGACGCAAGUUAGUUUCUACCUCAAGUCAUCGGUGGAUGAGCUUCUGGAAAGGAACAGGUACGUCACAGGCUGGUUCAGCCCCUACCACAGAAAAAGGAGGAUUAUUCAUCCUAUAAUCAUGCAUCACUUCCAGCCGGAUGCCGUCAGUCUCCUGGCCAAGUGGAACGCUGUGGUGCGAGAUCUCCAGGCAGCCAUGGAGCAGGUUUUCCACACCUGCACCGUAGAGGAGUGGAUGGAGGAGAACGUCCAGCCCAGCCUCCAGAAGCUGCAGCGAGUGGUGGAGGAUUUAGAUGAAGCAAUAAAAGCACAGAAUUAGGGGCGUUUCAAUUCCUGUGUCGUACUCCCCGGGGAAAGGUGGCAGCUGGAAAUCUGCAACUAGUCACACAGCGAGAGGUUGUCAUCUUGAGAGCUGAAGCAAGAACUGAGAUUAAACAAAAGUGACCUGAAGGCAUAAAGGAAUUUAUUAGGGUAAGAGGCUUCAACUCUAUAUAAUUUUCCUGUUGUAAUGUAUUGCUGGGCCUUAAAUCCCCUGCCCUGUAAGUCAGAUCAGCUCCCCUCGUGUAACACAACGCAGGAGCGAGUCAGAACUCGGCUGUAUUAUGGGGCAGGAGAAAAACCCCAUUUCUUCCAAAUUCUGUAUUUGUAGCAACAGACUUUCCUACAUUACAGUGACCUGGAGGAGUUCCACGAGUUCUGCUCUGGUCAGUAGCCAACAUGUCCUCCCUUUGCAGUUUUGAAAUGUGUAAAGCAGGGAAUUGCCACCCAGCUUUUGGCAAAGUCCAAGCAAGGAGUGGGUGCUCGCCGGGUGACACCAGACUCAGCAAAGAGGAGCUGGGCAGUGACAGCAGAAAGCAGGGGAGCUCCAGAGAAGGAGUUUAUUACCAAUAAUCAAGGUGAGACCAGACUUUGAGGGGAAAAUUGCCAAAACACAUCAGGCUGCUUGAUUUUGCACCAAGGAAUCACCCAAGUCUGGAUUCAUCCCGGCAAAGACGCACCCUCCGCGUCACGGCAUCUGCUCCACUGUGUGAAACCCACCCAGCACAGGUCUCUCCAGAGCUGAAACACAACUGAAGUCUAUUGAAAACGAGGGAAAAAAUGCUGUUUUAUUCUGCUUUAAAUGUUGAACUUUUAACAACGUAUAGCAAUAUAUUUUGUGGACUUCACUAGAGCAUUAAGGUAAUCACCACAGUGGAAAAGAAUUCAGAAGUCUGGUAGCGAAGUGCGCUACUUUGCCCUGACUAUUAGAAAUAUUCCUUGUUUGCUUCAUUUAUUGCUUUCUUGAAAGCCUUAUUUGGGAAGCACAGGUAGUGAUAUUUUCUUGGAACAAUCCAUUAUAAAGCGCACAGCUCCAGGUACAGGAAGUACAGCAUAAGGCAAAUUUUAACUUAUUUAAUUAGAGCUACAGGAGUUUGGUCCACAGGCAGAUUUUUAACUAAAAAGAAUCAUUUCUAUGUGUACUGGAAUUACAGAAAUCACAUACCUUGAAACUAAGCAAGAUCUUAAUUUAUUUUACUUUAAUAAAUCCUUUGAUACUCCAAA